AUGGCAGCGUUCACGCCUUCGCCCACUGGAUGGACGUUGUGUCUGGCCAUUUUGGCUAUUCUUUCAUGUCUAGUUGCUCCUGGAGAGAUGGUCAAGCACGAAAACUUCAAGACAUGUUCACAGUCCGGCUUCUGCAAGCGAAAUAGAGAUUAUGCCGAUUAUGUCUCUAACAAAGGCUCGUCAUGGUCCUCUCCUUACCAACUAGAAUCCAGCUCUAUCAGUUUUUCUAAAGGCCAAUUGCUUGGAAACAUCAUCAAGACUAUAGAGAACAACAAGAAGGUUAAGCUCCCUCUCACCGUAUCUUUCCUAGAGUCAGGAGUUGCCAGGAUCACAGUGGAUGAAGAGAAACGGAGGAAGGGAGAUAUAAAAAUACGACAUGGGAGCAAUAUCAGAAAGGAACGUUAUAAUGAAGCUUCGAAAUGGGCAAUUGUUGGAGGAUUAGAGCCGAGCUCUUCGGCUGAAAUUGUCAAGGGGACUGAAGCUGGCGUUACGACGGUCAGUUAUGGGCCCGACAAGAAGUUUCAGGCGGUUAUCAGACACUCUCCUUUCGAAGUGCACUUCCAAAGGGAUGGCGAAACGCACAUCCAACUCAACGACAAGGGACUCUUGAACAUCGAGCAUUGGAGACCUAAGGUUGAGAAGCCCGAGGGAUAUGAUAAGGAGUCGACGCUACAGGAUGAUGCAGAUAACAACAGUUGGUGGGAAGAAUCAUUUGGUGGAAAUAUCGAUUCAAAACCAAGAGGCCCCGAGAGUGUUGGUUUGGAUAUUUGUUUCCCUGGAUACAAGCAUGUGUUUGGAAUUCCAGAGCAUGCCGAUUCCCUUUCUCUAAAAGAGACGAGGGGUGGCUAUGGGCAGCACACUGAACCGUACCGUUUGUACAACAGCGAUGUGUUUGAGUAUGAACUGAAUAGCCCAAUGACACUCUAUGGAUCCAUCCCUUUUAUGCAAGCACAUCGCAAAGGGUCCACUGUGGGUGUGCUGUGGUUGAACGCCGCAGAGACUUGGGUCGACAUUAUCAAAACCAAGGCUUCAACAAAUCCUCUCGCACUCGGCGUGACAGGUAAAAUUAGCACACAAACUCAUUGGUUCUCAGAAACUGGUCUACUCGAUGUUUUUGUGUUCUUAGGCCCAACACCUCAUGCGCUCAGCAAGAAAUAUGGUGAACUUACCGGUUUCACCCAGCUACCCCAACAUUUUGCGAUCGGAUAUCAUCAAUGUCGCUGGAACUACGUAACUGAUGAAGAUGUGAGAGACGUUGAUAGGAAAUUUGACUUGUAUCAAAUCCCUUACGAUGUCAUCUGGCUCGACAUUGAAUAUACUGACCAAAAGAAAUACUUUACUUGGGAUCCUCACACUUUCCCAGAUCCGGAUGGCAUGCAGAAGCAGCUCGAUAAUUCGGAACGCAAACUCGUUGUAAUUAUCGAUCCUCACAUCAAAAACGAAGCAAACUAUCCGAUUGUAGAUCAGUUGAAGUCCCAAGGGCUGGCUGUGAAAAAUAAAGAAGGGAAUAUAUAUGACGGGUGGUGCUGGCCUGGAUCUUCGCAUUGGAUCGAUUGUUUCAACCCGGCUGCGGUAUCGUGGUGGACUUCGCUCUUCAAAUAUGACAAAUUCAAGGGUACUCAUUCUAAUGUGUUCGUAUGGAAUGAUAUGAACGAGCCUUCGGUCUUUAACGGCCCAGAGACAACGAUGCCAAAGGAUAAUAUCCAUUAUGGAGGUUGGGAGCAUCGUGACCUGCACAACCUUAACGGCAUGACGUUUAUCAACGCUACCUACAACGCUCUAUUAGAGCGUAAAAAGGGCGACGUCCGCAGACCAUUCGUCCUGACACGAUCCUUCUUUGCUGGAACGCAGCGUAUGGGAGCCAUGUGGACUGGUGACAAUCUGGCGGAUUGGGCUCAUCUUGCUGCAUCACUCCCAAUGAUCCUCAACAACGGCAUUGCCGGAUUUCCCUUUGCGGGCGCUGAUGUUGGCGGCUUCUUUGGUAACCCGAGCAAAGAGCUGCUUACGAGGUGGUACCAGACUGGAAUAUUUUAUCCCUUCUUCCGUGCUCAUGCGCACAUUGACACGCGCAGGCGUGAGCCGUAUUUAGCCGGAGAGCCAUAUAUGAGUAUCAUCGCUCAAGCUCUACAACUAAGAUACCAGCUACUCCCGGCAUGGUAUACCGCUUUCCAACAGGCUUCUGUUGACGGUUCCCCCAUCGUUCGCCCUCAGUAUUAUGUUCACCCCGAUGAUGAAGCGGGCUUCGCUAUUGAUGAUCAAUUGUACUUAGGGUCCACGGGACUGCUUGCCAAGCCAAUUGUGGCUGAGGGCGCCAACAGCACGGAUAUCUACCUUGCCGAUGACGAAAAUUACUACGAUUAUUUCGACUACACCAUCUAUCGGGGCGCUGGGAAGAAACACACCGUACAAGCUCCGUUAGAAAAAAUUCCUCUCCUGGUGCAAGGUGGCCAUAUCAUCUCACGCAAAGAUCGACCUCGCAGGAGCAGCGGACUGAUGAAAUGGGACCCAUACACCCUCUUUAUUACACUAGACAAGAACGGCCAAGCUGAAGGAACACUGUACAUUGAUGACGGUGAAACAUUUGACUAUCAGGAUGGAGCUCACAUUCACCGCCACUUCUCGUUCUCUGGGUCGACAUUGACGUCCAGAAGUAUCGGGACUGAGGGGCCCAAAAGCGCACAGUACCUGAAGACGAUGGCAGGGGUGCAUGUGGAAAAAAUCAUCAUUGUUGGCGCUCCAGAUGCGUGGGAGGCAAAGUCGAGUGUCCUUGUCCUUGAGGAAGGGGUUCAGACUGGGUCCCGCAAAGCGAGCUUGCAGUGGCAUGCUAAACAAGGCGGGAAGGCUGCCUUUGCUGUGGUCAAGAACCCCGGCGUAUCUAUUGGAAACUUAUGGAAAGUGGAUUUUUCUUAG